UCUGCCGCUGGCUAACUACGCGUGUACGGUACGCUCCAACGCGUUGCAUCGUGCAUCCCGGUCCAGUGCACUGUGUACUCACGCCGCAGAUUUCGCGCGGCAGGUGAGGCUGAUUGGGGCCGGCGGGGCCCCGGCUGCUCGGAACGCCCGUCGCGGUAUUGAUCGCAUCCCGACCGAUUCCAAUGUUUAUAAACAGCCGGCCGCAUAUAUUCGAUCCCUCUUGUUUUUGAUACGUUUGUCUGACGAUUCGGACGGCUGAUCCUGAAUGCACCGACUGCGCCCGCACCGGCAUCCCACGGACCGGACUCAGUGCACAUCUCAAUCAUAAACGGGACUCGGAUAGCGACUUGAAGGACUUCCUCAGUGAAACGAAUAUAUGGAUACUAUUGAAUACUUGUUCUAUUAUGGAUAAAGGAACAAAUGAGUUUAUCGACUGAGUCGACAACUGCGUAUAUUUUCAUGUUGAUAUACUACAGAUAUUAGACAGCCAUGCUGUCUUACAUGGUGCCAGUGGAGGAGAAACCUCCUCCAGUGCCGGGGAAGGGUCGACUCGCUUUGGAAUUAGUGGGGAGCCCUGGCAGUCCAGAGUCGGCUGCGAGAAGAGCCCGCAACAAUAUUUCCAAAGAAUCAUCGACGAGCUCGUUCGCCAGCGAUCUUACGAUAUCUUCGUCGACUCCUACUGGAGCACUCGACAAACCAAAACACAAGCUACUUAGCAAUGGAACCAAACAUACCACGCUGAAGAGGGUGUCAUUCGGCAGUUCAAAGGGGUCCAUGGUAGAGACCUUGAUAUACGAGAGCCCGCUACAAGAAGAGCCGGAAAGCAGUCCGCCCCCGAAAGUGCAGGAAACAGCGUUCCCCUACACGCCCGUCGAAGACGAUUCGGAGCGUUCAAAAGUCCGCGUAUCUUUCUACCAAGGAGCGCGGCCUCAGUGCUUGUCGCCACCGCCGCCUCACGCUCCGAUCUCGGACUCCAGCGUCCUCUACGCCGCUCUGCUCUCUGCUGCAGCCAACGCUGACAUGGCAGACCACGCGAUGUAUAACAGACAGAUCAGCACGGAGAGUGGUUGGGACAACCCGUUCCGUCCGGACGGGGACUUAAGCCGCGAGGCAGAUGAGAUUGUUUCUCUGAUCAAAGGGGGGAAGCCGAUCACGCCUACACCGACCGCCGCCCCGCAGCUGCCUGUAUGCGAGGAGAAGGAGGAGAAAUCCCAUGCGAACAACGUUACCGCAGCAGGGCCGGGUUCGCCUCAAACUAAGUUGGAUAGUCCAGCGCAGCAGAGUACUCCGAAGGCCAUGAACGGUACUAAAAAUGGCGCCGCAGUUGUGGACCAGCGUCCCGGACAGGUGGAGGUGCAGCGCUCGCCGCCGCAGGAGCCUCUGCAGCCUGAGCACGUCACCAUCAAGAAGAAGCCCAAGUGCAAGUGUUGCGUCAUUCAGUAACUCCCCAGUAUAGAUCUCGUCUCCGUUUUCACCGGCAACACGCUGUUUCAUCAACCCAGCAUUCUCCCCAUUGUGGCGCAUACUCGGUGCUAUUUAAUUUUCCACGUGUCCUUUGUUUAUGAAUCGAGUAGGUAUACAAAUCUUAUAUAGCAGAUCGCAAUGCCACCGUGUUCUUGCAUUUGGUGUCGUGCAUAAUUAUAUUUGUGUAACAUUGUUUACACAUUCAGUUUGAGCCUCAGCAUAUUUUUAACCUAGAUGGCAGUUAUAUUAUCUGUUAUAUUAAGAUUGUUUUUGAUAAUUUUAUGUGCUAAGUUUUUAUUGAACUUUUUAUAGGGUACAAACUUAAAGUAUUUAUUAUCUAGCUAGUCUGAAAGAGAAAUAUGUUUUACACGUCAUGGUUUUUCAAGCCAUAAAGUUUUCAGGGACUUGACAAGCGCGCGAGCGCCCAUUCAUGUGAUGUUAAUUAAAUAAAAAAAAUAUUUCUUGAUUAUUCAAAUUGUAAGAAUCUCAAGAAGAUUAAAAUGGCAUCGACAAAGAGCUAGGCAGCAAGUGAGAGAGUUUAUGAUAAGCUGUUUUAUAUCAAGUAAAAUUUAUAAUUAUUGUGACUAAAAUGAAAAAGUAUAGUUCCAUUCAUUAAAAAUAAAGGAGUGUCCGUAACGAACUCUCGCAAUCACUAUAUUUAUUUGACAGUUUUUAAAAUAAUUUAUUGUCAUAUUAGUAAAUGAUUAUUUUAGAAAUACUCUCGUAGCUUGUUAGUUUGCUUUAGCUUUUUAGUUAGCUACAGGAGUAUUUUUUAAAUAAUCAUUCAGAAAUAUGAAAAUUGUUUGUAUUGUUUUUUUAAUGAAAAUACUAUGAUUAUUGCAAAACUAUAGUUUUAAUAUUCUUAUUCAUCGUUUCUCAACCAUUUUAUGUCGCGACCCACGAUAUAUCUUAAUAUUUAAUUUUAUAAAACUAAACUGAAAUUAAUUUCUAUAAUAAACCUAUAUGUAGUUUGUAUUUAUUAUUUUUCAACAGACUACGAACCCCUUUAAAAAUAAAGUCAACCCCCGAGGGUCGCGACCCCUGCUUGAGAAACGAUGCUCUUAUACAUAAUAUUAAUGUCAUAAUUUUGAAAUCACUUAAUAAUUUAUUUGAAAACUGUUACUUUAGAGUUGAUACUGUGUUGAAUAAUAUGUAAUAAUACAUAAUUUAAAUGUAUAUUUUUAUAUCUUAAUUUAUGAAAAAAGUAUUAUAAUAGACCAUACAGAAUGGCUAACCUACCAAUGGGAGAUGUCAGACAUGAUCUGCGGAACCGCUUUCGAAUAUGCUAUUGAGUAGAUAUUUAUUUAAUAAUUACAUAUUAUUAUUGUUAUGUAAUAUAAUAAUUCUCUCCCAUUAAGUAGUUUGCUACUUUGUAAUAUGCAUAAUAUACUGCAUGAAGGUUUUAAUAUAUUAUCACUAUGACCAAUGUCGUGAGAGUAGUCCCACAGAAUAAAAUAGAAUAAUGAUUAAAUAAAUAUGACUACUGUUGUUAGUUUUACAUGUGGUGUUACAAAGUUAAUACACGCUUGCUUCCAGUAGGUAAUGCGUACACAACUAGACGUUGUUACCGAUCGGUUCUCAUAGCUGGUUAUAUAUUGACGCCUACUGGAUAUUUAUUUAAAUUAAUAUAAGACUGUUUCGGUUGAAUAUAUAUUGUAAGGGUGGUUUUAUAAUUCGCUUUUGUGUAACUGAUUGGUAACAAUAGGCACUAGCGUGAGAUAUUCAGUGUAACCAGACGCUUAGUUCAGUGCGCUCUAGAACACUAGCAUUUUAUGUGUACUACAAAAUUAUUUCUUUAUUAUAUUGACAUAGAUAUAUAAAGUUAUAAUUAUAUACCUACUUAGGGACUAAAUGUUGAAUCCAACUUCUAUAGGAUAUAUAGUGCUGCAGUUAAAUAUAACAAAUAUAAUGAUUACGUUUUAUUUGUGAAGGCAUGCAGCUAAUGGCUACUGAGAGGUGGACUUAAGAUCAUGUAUGGUCAUGAGUAAUGAUUGUUAAGAGGUAGAUGCUCCCUUCUGAACGGAAUAGCAUUCUUAAGGUAGAUAGGAAAUUAGACAGAACGUAGUUAGAUAUCCCAUUUAAAAUUUUGUUGUUACAACUUAAUUUAUUUUUUUUGUUUAGUUUUUAUAUUUGUGACGCUGUCAUACGAUUGACGUGUUAUUGUAUCCAAAACUUUGUGAGUUAUAUUUCUUCAGAGGAUAUUGUGUUAAAUGAUAGAUUUAACAACCAGAUGGAAUCGGAUAGUAGUAUUGCUAAAAAGGUUUUCUAUAUAUAUUAUAGUACAUUUCAAAGAGGGCUGAUCAUGCUAUGGAUUAGAGUAGUUCUAAAUAUUCGACAAAGGGCAACGUAGCUUGGCGUUACAGUAUUUGUGAAUCAUGCAGCUCAGCUUUUAGUAUCACAAAUGUUUGCUAGUGCGUUGUUUCCGACGCAACCUCGGUCCUAUGUUAAUGCGAAAUUUAACAGUGUAGUCAUGCACUAGAAUAUUAAGCCUUUAACUUGAUAUAUAUAUAUAAAUAAAUAAAAGCGUCCAUUCCGUUACAGACAUAAUACUAUAAAUAGUUAUUAAAGGUCGAUAUACGCCCUGUCAUAAUCGAAUAGCGCACAUCAGAGAGGAUUCAUCACAACUAAUAUGAUUGAGAUUUAAUGUACCAAAUUGUUACAGAGCUCGUUCGAACAUUGUUUCUAUAGUAAUUUAAAUCUACGUUAUCUAUAUGGAUAUUGUUGAGAAAUAUCUAAAGGCAUCACAAUUAAAAUAUGAAUGUUUAUUUUUUUAAAUUGUUUGAAUACAUACAUUAAUAUGUGUAUUGAAAUAGUUUAGGAAAACUGCUCUCAAACCUACAGUUAUCUAGAGCAAUUGUACCCCGUGAGUGUUAAAUCGACGUUUCCUCCCCAAUACUCUAGUUUUGAAACAGUACGGUUUAACUCUCAUAUUCUAUCAUCACUAUCAUAAAAAUUUAAUCUCAUUUUACAUUCUAAUAUAUUUAUAGAACUUAUAGCGCUUGUUAACGUCUAUUGUUACUUUUUUAAUUUGAUUUUUAUUACAACAUGAAAAAUUUUGUGUGUUGAUUUUGGGCACAAAAUUUCGGUCAUAAUAAUUCCUAUUUAUAAUAAAAUCGGAGCAAUAAUAAUAUGGCAUGAUUAUGAUGAUAUAGCACAGUAAAUUACAGUAAUGGGAAAAUUAAAUUUUACGACAUAAUAGAUUUUGUGUUCUAUAAUUAUUGGUAUUUCUUUAAAAAGUAAUAUCAUCAAUUGCAUAUUUUAUUGCUCCUAAAGUUAUAUGUAAUUAUGUAAAGUUUAUAAGAAUUAUGUAUGUAUAAUAAAAAAAAAAGUUGUAAACACCAUUUUAAGAAUCGUAAUGAAGCUAAAGUAUGUUCCUUAAUAAAGUCUUUUAUUUAUAAGUAAAAUACUGGCAUUAAGGUUCUAUAUUUGAAAUCGUGUUAUCUAGUUGAAGUUCGACUAUGCUUUGUUCAAUUAAAAAAAAUAGGAAAAUAUACUUUCUCACAAUAUAAUAUUACAUGAUAAUUGUGGCGUAAAUUCUUAUUUCCAAUAUUAAUGUAUUAGCUAUAUGUGUAAUACAAAUUAAAAUGACAUUAUAUUUGUAUAAAAUA